AUGUUUGCGUUGCGUGCCCCCUGUAAAGAAAGUGGUCAAAAAUGGAACAAUACAAUAAAAUACUUUGGAGAAAACUUCCUUAUUGGAUUAUUCCUGCCAAAUCUUCUAGCCAAAGUUUCCGUCGUAAACAUUCUAUGCGUGGUUGCACUUGGAACAAGUCUUACAACAUUUAAUGCUCUAUCAAGUUAUGGUCUUAUCUCACUCUUACCUUGGUUUUCAAAAAAAUCAACUGUGACAUUAUCAAUAGUGAGUUAUAUUCGAGUUAUAGGGCUGGUAGCUACAAUUAUUGAUGUAAUACCCGACAACACAGGAGACAAAGGACUGCUUGUUCUUCCUAUGGUGUUUAUCUACCUUGCCACUCUAUUGGUGUUGAAUGGUUUUGUAUCCGUUGUCAAAGUCAAGGAAGAGGACACUGCACUGGACAGACCUUUGCAGACUACAGGGCAAGACAAGGAGCAAGACAAGGAUAUCAACGAUUCAACUAUAAACUCCAAAAUUAAUAAAGUUGUAAUCUUUGCCAUCUACACUGAUGAAAUGUCAGUCAAAAAUGAACAAUUGUGAACAGAACCAAAACUUCUAGGAACUGUAAAAAUAUUUUAUAAAAAAAGGAUGAUUUUUAAUGUACAUGACUAACCUAUCCCUGUUUGCGGGUUUUACUGAGAAAGUGUACGGCACGUGAUGGUGAAUUGACGAACUGCCUUGGCAUCAUUCCCUUUCACAAGUGUGAAUGUAUUUGACCACCAUGAACGUGUACCAUGGUACAAAACAUUUAUAAAAACCUAACUUGUAGAUAUAGUCACGGAGAUAUGUAGACAGUGUUGAGCUUUAUUCACCCCGGCCCCUUAUCAUUGGACGUGUUGGGGAAAGCAGUGCCGGAAUAAGUCCAGAAAUAAGUAUUUAUUCUAGUAGUUGACGUAAUAAAAAAACAUAAUAACUUUCACUUUUGAUGUUAUAUGUAGAUAUUGAAGAGUGG